AGUUUGGUUAUAAAAGAAUAAAAAAAAAAUUGGGUUUCGGUGGUCCGACAACAACAACGUGGGCUUCCCCUACCCAUAGAUUUUUGAAAGGCACUAGUGGCAUGAUUCUCUCAGUUGCCACUCGUCCUUUGCGGCGAGUGUUUCUAAUUUAACUCGUUUUUAUAACUACCGUAUUUCAUACUUUUUUUUUUCACUGAGAAAAAUCUGCGUAAAACGCUUAUCAGCCAUAAUGCCGCUAAGAGCUAAACUCCGACUUUUGGAUCGUAUGUCCUGUUUCAUUAUUGGAAGAACUGUAGAUAAAACGGGGAGAACUCGGUUUGCUGCUCAUAACAUUAGUGGAAGAAAUUUCUCUGUUAGUAGCACGCUCGAUAUGAGGUUCGUACAGUUUGUAAGUAAAAAUGGUGGACCCCAACACUUGGGGGUGCAACUCAAACAAGGUGGAGACAUAAUUGCAGUUUCCGCUAUCGAUUCAAGGAUACCAAAUACUUUGAAAAAAUUUUUGGAAGGUGGUGAUGACUUGCUCAAGAAGGCAAAAAGGAAAGACGAUAUUAAUCUAAUGGCAGCUGUAAGGAGGAUAGUGGCAGAGGGACGAAGUGUUAUACCAGAGGCUGAUGUAAAUUUUCUAGCACCAAUCACACAUAUGGACAAGUUGGCAUGUAUUGGUUUAAAUUACAGUGGUCACUGUAAAGAACAGAAUGUUGAACCGCCUCCGAGUCCUGUGGUUUUUAGUAAAUUUGCCAGUAAUAUUAUUGGACCAACAGAUAAUAUUGAGUUACCCGCGAUUUCUGACAAAGUUGAUUGGGAAGCUGAACUCGCAAUAGUUAUAGGAAAAAAAUGCAAGAAUUUAAAUAAUCAAGAUGUGGAAGACUAUAUUUUUGGCUACACAGUGGCUCAAGAUUUAUCUGCUCGAGAUUGGCAGAAAGGUAAACGUAAUGGAGGUCAGUUUCUUCUUGGAAAAGCGAUGGAUAACUUUUGUCCCCUAGGACCUGCAGUGGUUACAAAAGAAGCCAUUUGUGAUAUUAAUAAUCUCACAGUCAAAACUUGGGUAAAUGGACACGUCAAGCAAAGUGGUAACACCAGUGAAUUAAUCUUCAAGCCACACGAUAUUGUAAUGUAUCUUUCACAGUUCAUGACAUUAUUACCCGGUGAUGUUAUUUUGACGGGCACUCCAGCUGGUGUCGGAUUCACUCGAAAACCACCAGAGUUCUUGAAGAAAGGAGAUCUUUUGGAAACAGAAAUAGAGAGUCUUGGCAGAUUAAAAAAUAAAUGUGUUUGAUAAAACUAAAAUGUUGUUUUGACAGCCAAGUGUUGCGAUUUAAUUAUAGGAAGAAACUUUUUUAUAAACACCUGUAAACAUCAAAAGAAAAGACAACAUUUGCAACCAAAGUCAUAUUGUUUUGAUUUUUAUAAUAAAAAAAAAAUAAAUUUGUACUUAUAGA